AUGAACCACACUACAAAGGGAGGGAAAAAUAACAGCGAUUACACAAAGUAUGUUUUCAAUAAUUCUUCAAAUGGUAACAAGACGUGUGUUUUUUAUCCGUCAGCGUUGGAUCAACCAUUGGAUGAUGUCCCUUGGAAAUUGGUCAACAUGUCAUUUAAAUUAUUAAAUGUUGACUCAAAAUUGGUGUUAACUUUACUCGCAAACCAUGGAUUUCGUGAGGUCAAUUCUGAUUCCAAUGAUUUUAAUCUAUUAUGGUCAAAUAACCAUGUUAACACAAAUGUCAUCAGUUCAUUGAGGUCUUAUCAACGUAUCAAUCACUUCCCUAGAUCGUGCGAAUUGACUCGCAAAGAUAAACUGUACAAAAAUAUUGAAAUUAUGAGCCAUCGCAAUGGAAUUAAAAAGUUCUCAUUUGUUCCUGAAACAUAUAUUAUGCCUAAAGAUUACAAUAGAUUUAUUUCGAACCAGUAUCGACAUCGAGGUUUAUGGAUUGUAAAGCCUUUCGAUUUAUCUCGCGGAAGAGGAAUAACAAUUAUUGAUUAUUCGUUUAAGGACACUCAAUCGACGUUGAAGGAAAAUGUCGUUGUUGCCAAGUAUAUUGACAAUCCACUGUUGGUGAAUGGAUAUAAGUGGGAUUUACGUUUGUACGUAUUAGUUACAUCAUUCAAUCCACUUGUUGUAUACUUGUACGAAGAAGGAUUAGUUAGAUUUGCAACUGUUAAAUAUGUACGCGAUAGAAAUCGAAUCAAUAAUCGACGAAUGCAUCUUUGUAAUUAUAGCGUUAACAAAAGCAGCCCAAGUUAUAUUAGAAAUUUAGAUCCUGAACGAGAAAAUGUAGGCCAUAAGUGGUCGAUGAGUGCUCUUUUAAAUCAUCUUAGAGAAGAAUAUUUUAUUAAUACUGAAACUUUAAUGGCUGAAAUUGAAGAUAUUGUAGUUAAAACAAUAAUGAGUGCUACUGCACAGAUGUUACCAGCAAUCAAUUGCUUUGUACCUCACAGUCAAAAUUGUUUUGAAUUAUACGGGUUUGAUAUUUUGGUGGACGACAAGUUUAAACCAUGGCUACUUGAAGUUAACCUAUCGCCAUCAUUGGGGAUAGAUUCAGCGCUUGAUUCUCGUAUUAAGAGUUCAAUGCUAUGUGAUUUAUUUACUUUAAUUGGUAUUCCAAUCGUUGACCCUACUGUCUUCAAUUUUAAUAGAAAUGUUAGAAGACCAAAAUCUGAUAUUCCAAGGAAAACCAAUUCUAGUAUGAAUAUUAAUAAUCUCAGUAGUGAUGAAAAACGUUUAUUGAAAAAUACGAUGGAUCAAAAUCAAAGGAGCAGAGGGUUUAUACGAAUUUUCCCUACAUACUUAUCAUGGAAAAAAUAUUCCUCUUAUUUAGAUAAUAUCAAUGGCAUUCCUAGGGGAUCCACUAUACCACCAUUUUAUAUUAAGCUAAUAAGAAAUUAUAAUUAUUUUUUAAAUGAUCAUUUAUUCAAUGAAAACUCCUCGUUUUAUAUGGAUAUUAACAAACAAGAUCGCUAUGAAAGGUCUUUAAAAGAUUUUAAACAAAACUUAAAUGACAAUAAAGAUGUGGAUCAAACAACUGAUAUGUUAAAGUUGAAAAAAGCAAUUUUAAAAUAUUUAAACGAUGGAUAUGUGUUUAGUAAUCUACAGGCUCGGCAAACCUUUGCUCUAUAUUUGACUUACAUUUCCGCUUUAUUAAAAAAAUGCGCUUUGGAGAAAAAUUAUGACAAUUUAUCAAGCAAUCUUGUUUUGAUGUUUUUAAUAAAAGCUUCAAAAAAUCUCAGUGUUCCUUUAAAAAUUGAGGUUUCUAAAUCUUCAUUGUCAAAUAAAAAAGUAAUGGAAAUACUUCAACUAUUGGAAAGUUUUUUAUUGAAAUACAACUACGACACUUUAAUGUAUGCAACUCCCGAAACUUCAAAAAAUUGCCUGCCACAUAAAUUAUUUAAUUUAUUUCUCAUGCAUGCCAGGAAAGAAGAUAUCGAAGAAAUUAUCAAUGAUUCAAAACAUAAUUGUCUGUCGUCUGCAAUACACCCAGUGAAUGAUAUUAAGAAUUCUAAACCAUUAGAAUCGAAAGUUUGGAAAUAAUAAUCUUUAUUCGUCCGCAAGUACGCUGUGUUUGUCGAACACUUUACAAGAACUCGGCAACAGCGCUAAAAAUCACAUCGAUCAUCGACGU